AUGGAGACACACGUAAGAGAACAGAUAAAUUUUGUAACAAAGCGCAAUGGCAGUGAAAGAGAAACCCAAAUUGAGCUUCAUCGAAAAUUUUGCCCUCAGUGGCGUUGCUGCUGUCGUUUCGAAAACAGCAGCUGCACCCAUCGAACGGGUAUCAUCACCGAACCAUACAAAGGUGUUAUUGAUUGUACCGCUCGAACAUUCAGAACCGAAGGCCUUAUUCCAUUCUGGCGAGGCAAUUUGGCCAACUGUCUUCGAUAUUUUCCUACCCAGGCUUUGAACUUUGCUUUCAAAGACAAAAUAAAAGCAAUGUUCAAACAAAACAAAAAUGAUCCUUAUAUGAUCAAUUUUGCCAAGAACAUUGCAAGUGGUGGUGUUGCUGGUGCAUUGUCCUUGUGCUUCGUCUACUCACUUGAUUACGCCCGUACACGUUUGGCAAAUGACGUCAAGAGCACGAAGAAAGGUGGAGGUGAACGUAAAUACAACGGUCUUAUUGAUGUCUACAGAAAGACAAUGGCCACCGACGGUAUUGCUGGUCUCUAUCGUGGUUUCGUCAUUUCAUGUGUCGGUAUCAUUAUCUAUCGUGGUUGUUACUUCGGUUUCUAUGAUACUUUGAAACCAAUCUUACUUGGACCCGAUGCCGGUCUUCUCCUUUCAUUUUUACUUGGUUAUGGUGUCACAGUCACAUCAGGUCUUAUCUCAUAUCCAGUCGAUACUAUUCGACGACGUAUGAUGAUGACAUCAGGCCAAGCUGUUAAAUACAAAGGAUCAUUGGACUGCAUGUUCCAGAUCAUCCGCGCUGAAGGUGUUAUUUCAUUAUUCAAAGGAGCCGGUGCCAAUAUUCUCAGAGGUAUCGCCGGUGCUGGUGUCUUGGCUGGUUUCGAUAAACUAGUACAAGUUUACACUGGUGUCAAAGUCGAUACCAGCGGUGGUUAA